AUGACCUCACAAAUUGAGUCUGCGCUCGAAGACAUGAUUUCGACGUUCAACGACCUCAAUAGUUCCAUUAUCGAGGAGCUUGAUUCAGAACCUAGCCCCUUGGAAUUCAUGCGGUUUGUCUCCAGAAAUUCGCCUUUUGUAGUACGGGGAGCCGCUUCAUCAUGGAAAGCUACACGAGAAUGGAACUCGAAAUAUCUCAGAUCAGCCCUCGCUGGACAGACUGUCAAUGUCGCCGUCACUCCUCAUGGGUUCGCAUAUUUCAAAUUUCGCGAUUCAAAUACAGGCAGAAUUCACUCUAACCAAGCUUUGCCCAGCAACGCCGAUGCACCUACAUAUUCGCCAAAAGAUGGAGUCACCGUUCUCUCGAAGCCACAUGAGGAACCUCAGAUGUUCAACGACUUUCUCACAUACGUCACGCAGCAGGAAACGGACGACACCUUCCCUGAAGAUUCCGAGGUAAUUGGCAGAAAACACUUUGUUCUGUUGCCGCCAGUCUGCCAUCCCUGUAUGAAUGAAGUUCUGCUUACUCCAGCUACCUACGUGCGAGACCAGACUGGCCUUUCUAUUCGCCUCGAUGAAGGGGCAGAUCUUGUUCCUUUUGUAACUUGGGACCCGGACCAUCCGGCAAUGAAUUCUACCCCGUUCUCCAGAUAUGCGCAGCCGAUGCGAGUUACUCUAAACCCCGGGGACAUGUUGUACCUGCCGGCCAUGUGGUACGUCUUGCAUGCUAUUCUUGCUAGCAAUAACUGA